AUGAGCGCAGUGUGGAGUUCUCAACUUGUGGAGGAACUGCUUUUCCGACAGUAUAUUAAGGGUGAAGAUGUGUCGAUGCUGCUUCCUCCACCGCCGACAUUGUCUGCCGAUCAGUACUUGGAAAACUACGACCAAUGUACCAAGGUGUUGUCUUCUUAUGUCAGGAACGGCCCAACAGCGGCCUUGUCAUCUCAAAAUGUGAAUACCGUCUCAAGAUUGUACGGCGCAACACCGAUAAAGGGACAGUCCUCGUUCUCUCGCACGAUCAAUCAGUCUUCUCAAAAUGCUGCUGUUGCUGCUGCUGCUGAACCCAAGUUGCAGACCUGUCGAACUCCAAAUGGAAAGGACAUCAACGCGUCUGCGGUGGACUCACCUGCUCCAGUCGUUCCUAACGCCACUACCCGAACGGUAAACUCUUCUCCAGUUGCUCAUCUAAGACGAAACAAAAUAGAAUGGCCUACCUCUGUACCUACCAAUGCAUCCCUAAAGAGCUCAAGUCGAUCAAAGGUGGCACACUUAACAGCAAAAAGAGUGGCAGCUCAGGAAGGAGUGGAUCCGGAUCUUGUUUUUGCACAGAAUCCUGAAGAGUUGCCUCUCCACCUUAUAUUUGCAAAUUAUCCAAAAGCCCUUGAAUCCCUUUCGGCUGUUCGCGGUGGAAGUGGUGACUGGAGGAAUGAUACGUUUACAGUGGAAGAGGAAAAUCUGUACAAGCGAGAGCUUGGUUUUGUGCAUGUGGGGCCCAGUCAGUGCGCCUAUGGUAGAGCUAUGCUUUUUCAGAAGUAA